AUCAACAAUCCCGCUAUUGUCUGAAAAACCUUCAAAAAUCUCACUAAAUAUGAAAAAUUUAGUCCAAUACAGCUCCUCAAGCGAUGACGAAUCCUCAUCUGAACCUGAAACGACUGAAAUUAACAAAAAUCAAAGUCCUCCAACAAAAAAACGAAAACUUCCGGUUCCUUCAUUUCUCACAACAAAAACCCCCAAAACUGACGAUCCUCCCGACAACCCGAACGAACAUCAAGGACGCCAACGUUCCAUCAAGCACGAACGCGGAAUUUGGGCAACUUUUCUCUACAUACCGGUGCCUGCCUUUGACUUUUUUGAAGAAACACAACAACAAAUCAUCAAAUUUUUGGAAAAAUCUUCGAGAAAAUUAAAAAUUGAAAUUAUUGAAGACCUUCACGUUAGCGUCACGAAACUUUUAAUCCUCAAACAUCACUGGAUCGAGUCGUUUAUCGACACAAUUUCAGAGAAAAUCCGAGAUUUACCGAGAUUCAAGAUAAACUUUAGCGAAAUCGAGGUCUAUUGCAACGAGGAAAAGACAAGAACGUUCAUCGGAAUUAAAAUUAUCGACGUCGUUCAACUUUUAAAAGUCACCGAAGCACUCGAUGAAUGCCUCACAGAGUUCAAACUACCAAAAUAUUACGAAGAUCCGUCGUUUCACGUGUCAAUUUUGUGGUGUCUAGGGGAUCAAAAAGAAUUUUUCGAACAAAAAAAAGCAGAAUUACAACAAAUUUUCGAUAAAUCCAUGGCCGAAAGUACUUUUCAAGCUUCUGUUAAUGAGUUGCUGUGCAAAUGUGGCAACCGUUCAUACAAAUUCCCCCUUAGAUGA